UUCCAGCCCUUCCGGGCCACGAUAGCUGACACAAUCUUCCGGUACCGGUCGUCGUCGUUGUGAUACAGCUGGCACCAACGCUUCUUAGCCUGCUCAGCCAGACGGAAAAGGGGUGAAACACACUGCACAGUGCAAAGAACAAAGGCAAGCUGGUAAGAAGAAGAAAAAACAACGAACGGGGUAAACAAUUGUCAAAGCAAAAGCUCACCCACUCGAUGUUCUGGUUCAACAUGUUCACUCGCUAAAAUUAUCAAAACAGCAUCUCAAACCUCCGUGGAAGACGCGAGGUGCAAAAGGACACACUGCGUGCCUCAGUAAAGUAAAAAAAAGAGGACACAGCAAAACAGCGUGCAAGGAGAGACACACACAUACAAGGGGUAGCAUGUUUUUCAUUUCACCGCCUGCUCACGGGUGUGGAAAAACGACAGGCAACCUACGGCAGCAGCAGCAGCAGGAACAACGGUCGUGAUUCCGGGGAUUCCCUGUUCCGUCCUACCAGCUGGCGUGAACCCGUCCUGUUUUUCGAGUGGGAGUUUUUCCAACUCACUCGCACACACACGCGCGCGUGGAAAAAUGUGUCCCAACGCAGACAGGCGUGAAAAGCACCGGGCAAGGGAUGCUCUCGAUGUCGUGCUCGAGGUGGCAUAGAGCGGGUGACUUGUUGGGAGUGGAAAAAAAGGGAACGCAAUAGAGCCGACGUAUUUGCUCCCGCUACAGGACGCCUUUCUAAUCGGGUAAAAUAUCUCCCGACUUCCCGGUAGCCGCCAGUGCGCUAGGUCAAACGAGCAUAACCUUUACCGGGAGUUGCACUGCACACUACACACUACGUGUGCCGUUCGGCGCAUUCAGCUUACCCAACGCUGCCAACUUUGGACCGUUUUGGCCCAGCGCGUUAAACACGUAAUAAUUUUCUUGGAUGCGCAGGCGGACGUCUUUUCAGUGCAGAACGGUGUGAAGCACGUGCCGAUAGUUCCGUAGCAAGAAGUCAAGCCCUCGGGGCGGCACCAGGCACACUCGCUCUUCGAACUUCGAACCUUUGCAGACGCACGGUAGCAGUCGUGCUGCUACGUGCUAGAUCGGCAACCGGACGGUAGGGAGAGGGAGUAAAAAACACCAAUUUUUGGGGCAAAGGAAGGAAGCGUUUCCCGCACACUUGUGAAGUGAAAAUUGCAGUGAAGUGGAAAACGGUGUCCACCGUCCGCAGCAAGACGCGGUCAAGUGCGAGCGCCAGAAGCCAGUGGCAAAACAGUGUGAAGUCAAGAGGAUAGACGGCCUGCGUGAAGUGUCGUUGUUGGUUGAAGCACCUUUCCCCGCAAAGGUGGUACCAGAACGGACUGUUUUCCUUCUUCGUUGCAUCGCGUUCGCUCGCUCGGAAGGGAUAAUCAGUAAAAUCAAUAAACAAAACAUGUCCCGGCGGUUAAGGCAGCAUUUCCGUUCGAUCCAGUGAGAAGGUUUGCCGGAAGCGAGCGCCACCCGCCACACGCACACCUACGGCGUGUCAGUGUCAGUGCAGUGAAGUGUAUUUUGUAUUCAUUUCAUUUCUUCGUUGGGUGCAGGACGGGAAGGAGAGUGGUUUUUGUGUGAGUGUGAUGUGUCGUGUCGUGGUCGGUGAAAAACAUCCCCAACAUCCGACCGAGCAACAGCAGCAGCGGCAGCAGCUGACUGACUGAGCACAAAACACUGCGUGUCGAUUUAUUUGCCAUCCAAGUGUGUGUGUGAUUGUGCUUGGAGAGCGGAAGGUUGGAAAAUCGAAACCAGAAAAUCCAGGUUGGUGUUCUGGCGCGCGCUCCGUGCAUGCCAGUGUGUCCGCAGGAAGCGCACGAAACGACGACUGUACGAUGAGCGGCUACCAGCAGCAAGGAAAAUCGCGCCACUAUCCGAGAUACUCGCUCAACAGCUCGGACAACGAGGACAGUCCGAUCCAUCGGUCAAUCUACGCCCAGCCGUACAACGCCAUCGGCACGGCCGAAAGACAAUCAAAUUUCACUUACCGCACCGCCAAGGGCGGCAACGUGCCCGGGGCGAUCGGCCCGGCUGCCACCACAGUCAAUCCGCUCACCCUCAACACCCCCUCGUCCGAGAACGGUUCCAGUGCGACGCUGACCGACGCGGAAGCUUCGCUCGCCCGGGAAAACACGCUGCUCGUCAAUAACGGCUGUCUCCUGGACGGAGUUCCGCCUUCAGCUCCACCGGAUGUACCACCGCGCAAUCCAACCAUGAAUCGAAUGAAUGGACGCGUCACCGGCAAUCCUACCGAGCUGGGUGUAGACUUCGAACCGUCGUGUCUGGUCCGGACGCCGUCCGGCAACGUUUACAUUCCGAGCGGAAAUCUAGCAAUUAACAACAAAGGCUCACCGAUAGACUACAAGACCGGGUCCGCCUGCUCGACACCGACGAAGGACACGCUGAAAAGCUACGAUCGCAACUGCAUGGGUCCGGUACUGCCGCCCCGCAGCACGAUGUGCGGACCGCCGGCCCACCACUACUCGGCCCCGCUCAACUUCCGCAAGGGCUUCACCUUCACCAAAUGUACAUGGAAGUGUACCGCUAUCUUAGUGAUACUAUUAAGUGUUAUACUCGUUAUAACAUUAUUAUUAACAGCAUCUAACGUUUUAAGUAUAUCAUAUCCAACCACCAACCCCUGUACAGUUCUAGUCGACGAGAAGGCAGAAAUCUCCGCAGCCAAAAGCACGAUAGCGGACGCGAACCGGGCCGGCAUACCGGGCGGCGGCGGCGACGGCCUCGGCCUCGACCAGUCCGCCCUGGCGCCGUCCGCUUCCGGUCGGCCGAAAUCGAUCGCGGCCGAUGAAUCGUCCCCCGGCGGUUCGGCGUCCGGUUCGUCCUCGCUAUCGGCCGCCUCGACGGCAGCGACCGGCAAGGCAGCUGGUACCGGCGGCACGGCAGGCACAGGUGCAAGAACGUUCCCGGCGCGAAGCUUCCCACCGGACGGUACCACCUUCUCGCAGAUCACGCUCGGCCAGCGGCUGUCGAAGGAGAUCACACCGUACAGCUACUGGAACAUGCAGUUCUACCAGUCGGAGCCGGCGUACGUCAAGUUCGAUUACAGCAUCCCCCGGGGCGCCUCGAUAGGUGUGUACGCGCGCCGCAACGCCCUGCCGACGCACACGCAGUAUCACUUCAAAGAGGUCCUGAGCGGAUUCAAUGCUCGCCAGACACGUGCCACUCACCCAUCGAUGCGUCGAGAGGUCACCCGCUACAUGGAGCCGGGCCACUGGUUCCUGUCAAUCUACAACGACGAUGGUGACGCGCAGGAGAUUGCGUUCUACGCGGUCGUCGCGGAGGAUAUGACCCAGAACUGCCCGAACGGCUGCUCCGGCAAUGGUCAGUGUCUGCUCGGACACUGCCAGUGCAAUCCCGGCUUCGGUGGCGACGAUUGCAGUGAGAGCGUCUGUCCCGUCCUGUGCUCGCAGCGUGGCGAAUACAUUAACGGCGAAUGUCAGUGCAAUCCGGGCUGGAAGGGCAAGGAGUGCUCGCUGCGUCACGAUGAGUGCGAAGUGCCGGACUGCAAUGGCCAUGGACACUGUGUCAGCGGCAAGUGCGGCUGUGUGCGCGGCUACAAGGGCAAAUACUGUGAAGAAGUUGACUGUCCCCAUCCGACCUGUACCGGGCAUGGGUUCUGUGCCGAGGGUACCUGCAUCUGCAAGAAGGGCUGGAAGGGCCCGGACUGUGCCACGAUGGACCAGGACGCACUGCAAUGUCUGCCCGACUGCUCCGGCCACGGUACAUUCGAUCUGGACACGCAAACCUGCACCUGCGAGCCCAAGUGGAGCGGUGAGGAUUGCUCCAAGGAGCUGUGCGAUCUGAACUGUGGCCAGCACGGGCGAUGCGUCGGCGAGACGUGCAGCUGUGAUGCCGGAUGGGGCGGCGAGUACUGCAACAACAAGCUGUGCGAUCCACGGUGCAACGAGCAUGGCCAGUGCAAGAACGGAACCUGCCUGUGCGUGACCGGAUGGAACGGGAAGCACUGCACACUGGAAGGAUGUCCGAGCGGCUGCUCCCAGCACGGCCAGUGUCAUGUGAGUGGCGAGCUGAUGUGGGAAUGUCGCUGCUACGAGGGCUGGGACGGUGCCGACUGUUCGGUACCGCUCGAGCAAAACUGUGGCGACAAUAAGGAUAACGAUCGUGAUGGCCUAGUCGACUGUGAAGAUCCGGAGUGCUGCGGCAGUCACUCGUGCAAAACGAGCCAACUGUGCGUGUCCGCCCCGAAACCGAUCGACGUGCUGCUGCGCAAGCAACCGCCCGCCAUUACCGCCUCCUUCUUCGAGCGCAUGAAGUUCCUGAUCGACGAGGGUAGCCUGCAGAACUACGCCAAGCUGGAAACGUUCAACGAAAGCGUUUUUUGGAAUCAUUUUAAUGCAAGCCGUUCCGCCGUCAUACGUGGGCGCGUAGUUACCUCGCUCAACAUGGGACUGGUCGGAGUGCGUGUCAGCACCUCGACCCCGCUGGAAGGCUUCACCCUCACCCGGGACGAUGGGUGGUUCGAUCUGAUGGUGAACGGUGGCGGUGCCAUCACGCUCCAGUUUGGCCGCUCGCCCUUCCGACCGCAGACGCGCAUCGUUCAGGUACCCUGGAAUGAGGUCGUCAUCAUCGACACGGUUGUGAUGUCCACCUCGGACGACAAAUCGCACCAUGGGCCACCGCACACUUGCUUUUCGCACGACUACGAUCUGAUGAAGCCGGUUGUGUUGGCCACGUGGAAGCAUGGAUUCCAGGGAGCUUGCCCUGAUCGUAGUGCCAUCUUGGCAGAGUCGCAAGUCAUCCAGGAAUCGCUCGCCAUCCCCGGAACUGGGCUAAACCUUGUCUACCAUAGCUCCCGUGCGGCUGGCUAUCUGUCGACGAUCAAGCUGCAGCUCACACCGGACGUGAUCCCGCCGACCCUGAAGCUCAUCUACCUGCGCAUCACUAUCGAGGGCAUUCUGUUCGAGCGUGUGUUUGAAGCGGACCCUGGCAUUAAGUUCACCUACCCCUGGAAUCGGCUCAACAUCUACCGGCAGCGUGUGUACGGCAUCACGACUGCGGUCGUUAAGGUGGGCUACCAGUACACCGACUGCAAGGACGUGGUGUGGGACGUGCAGACGACGAAGCUGAGCGGGCACGACAUGAGCAUCUCGGAGGUGGGAGGCUGGAACCUGGACAUUCACCAUCGGUACAACUUCCACGAGGGCAUCCUGCAGAAGGGCGAUGGGUCGAACAUUUACCUGAAGCACAAGCCGCGCGUUAUACUGACCGCGAUGGGCGAUGGACAUCAGCGACCGCUCGAGUGUGGUGAUUGUAAUGGUGUGGCGACGAAGCAGCGACUGCUGGCGCCGGUUGCGCUAGCGGCAGCCCCGGACGGUAGUCUUUACGUUGGGGACUUUAACUACAUCCGACGGAUCAUGAUCGACGGUACGGUACGGACGGUGGUGAAGCUGAAUGCGACGCGCGUCUCUUACCGCUAUCAUAUGGCGUUGAGUCCGCUCGAUGGAUCGCUGUACGUUUCGGACCCCGAGUCGCAUCAGAUCAUCAAGGUGCGCAACAAGGACGAUACGCACGAUCCCGAUCACAACUGGGAGCCGGUGGUGGGCAGUGGUGAACGCUGUCUUCCCGGCGACGAAGCUCACUGUGGAGAUGGCGGGCUGGCACGGGAUGCGAAGCUUGCCUAUCCGAAGGGUGUUGCGAUCUCGUCUGACAACAUUCUGUACUUUGCCGAUGGUACGAACAUUCGCAUGGUGGAUCGUGACGGUGUGAUCAGCACACUGAUCGGCAACCAUAUGCACAAGUCCCACUGGAAGCCGGUCCCGUGUGAGGGUACUCUGAAGAUUGAAGAGAUGCAUCUGCGUUGGCCGACAGAACUGACGAUCAAUCCGCUGGAUGAUACGCUGCACAUAAUCGACGACCAUAUGAUCCUGCGCAUGACACCGGAUGGUCGAGUUAGAGUCAUUGCUGGAAGGCCGAUGCACUGUGCCACUGCUAGUGGAUCCGGCACGGGUGUUAGCACGGGUGUAAGUGGAGCCUCCUCUGUUGCUUCGCUCAGCUACGACACAGAUCUUGCGAUCCACGCAACUCUCGUUAUGCCGCAGAGCAUUGCCUUUGCUCCUUCUGGUGAUCUUUACGUGGCGGAAAGUGACUCUCAGCGCAUCAAUCGUAUCCGCGUGAUCGGAACAGACGGGAAGAUAUCUCCAUACGCCGGUGCAGAGUCAAAGUGUAACUGUCUCGAGCGGGGAUGCGAUUGCUAUGAAGCCGACCACUACCUAGCGAUCAGUGCCAAGUUUAAUACGAUAUCUGCCAUUACUGUGACACCAGACGGACAUGUUCACAUCGCGGAUCAGGCCAACUAUCGCAUCCGCUCCGUUAUUUCAAGUCUUCCGGAAGCGGGAACCUCCAAGGAGUACGAGAUCUACGCCCCGAACGCACAGGAGAUCUACGUCUUCAAUCGCUUCGGCCAGCACAUCGCAACCAAGAACAUCAUGACGGGCGAGACGGUGUACAGCUUCCUGUACAACGUGAACACCUCGAACGGCAAGCUGAGCACGGUGACGGAUGCGGCGGGAAAUAAGGUGUUCCUGCUGCGCGACUACACCUCCCAGGUGAACUCGAUCGAGAACACGAAGGGUCAAAAGUGUCGGCUGCGCAUGACGCGCAUGAAGAUGCUGCACGAGCUAAACACACCGGACAACUACAACGUCACGUUUGAGUACCACGGGCCUACUGGGCUGCUGAAGACGAAGCUUGAUUCGACUGGUCGUUCGUACGUGUACAAUUACGAUGAGUUUGGAAGGCUAACGUCGGCGGUGACGCCUACUGGCAAGGUGAUUGAUCUGACGUUUGAUCUGAGCGUGCAGGGCGCCACCGUGAAGGUGACGGAGAACUCGCAGCGCGAAGUGUCGAUGCUGAUCCAGGGCUCGUCGGUGGUGUCGAAGGUGGGAGAAGCGGCUACCAAGACGACGGUAAUGCUCGACGGUGGUACUACGAGCGUUUCCCCCUGGGGUAACGCCGUGUCGGUUGAGUCUGUCCCGUACGUACUGCUUGCGGAAGUUGAUCCACUUCUCGGUGAAAGCUACCCGGUACCCUCGAAACAACGCACAGAGAUCAAUGGUGAUCUUUCGAAUCGCUUCGAGUGGCGUUACUUCAUCCGCCAUGUACCGGUGAGGGGCAAGAAUGCACGCACACUCACACAGGUUGGAAGGAAGUUGCGCGUAAACGGAGAAAACCUGCUCACGUUUGAGUACGAGAAGGAUACAUCCUCGAUCACAGUCUCCGUGGACGAUAAGACCGAGCUGCUGAACGUUACGUACGAUAAGUCAUCGCGCCCGAUCGCGUACAGACCACAGUCGGGCGAGUACGCGGACGUCGAUCUGGAGUACGAUCGGUUCGGCCGGUUGAUCUCGUGGAAGUGGGGCAACCUGAAGGAGGAGUACACGUUCGAUCGGGCCGGUCGGCUGAACGAGAUCAAGUACGGUGACGGCAGCUCGAUCGUGUACGCGUUCAAGGACACGUUCAGUAGUUUGCCGCUCAAGGUGACGACACCGCGCCGGUCGGACUAUCUGCUGCAGUACGAUGAUGCGGGUGCGCUACAAUCCCUCACGACUCCACGCGGACACAUUCACGCGUUCUCGCUGCAAACUUCGCUCGGGUUCUUCAAGUAUCAGUACUACUCGCCGAUCAAUCGACAUCCGUUUGAGAUUCUGUACAGCGAUGAGGGACAGAUACUGGCAAAGAUUCAUCCACACCAGAGCGGGAAGGUGGCGUUCGUGCAUGACAGUGCUGGAAGGUUGGAGACGAUCCUGGCAGGGUUGUCCUCCACGCAGUACACGUACCAGGAGAGCACGAGUCUGGUGAAGCAAGUGGAGGUGCUCGAGCCUGGAUUUGAGUUGCGGCGCGAGUUCAAGUACCAUGCCGGGGUGUUGAAGGACGAGAAGCUGAAGUUUGGCUCGAAGAGUGGACUGGCGUCGGCACACUUCAAGUACCAGUACGAUGGCAAUGCCAGGCUCAGUGGCAUCGAGAUGGAUGUGAACGGGAAGGAGCUGCCGAUCGUGAGGUUCAAGUACGGGCCGGCUCAAGGUACGCUGGAUGCGGUGAGCGAUCUGCGCAUCACCCGCAACGCCUUCAAUCGUACCGUGGUGCAGGACACUUCGAAGCAAUUCUUCACGAUUACGGACUUUGACGAGCAUGGCCGGGUGAAGAGUGUGCUGAUCAACAUCAAGUCGUUUGAUGUGUACCGGUUGGAGCUGGAUUACGAUCUGCGAAACCGUAUCCGCACGCACAAGGUGAUGGUGGGCCGGUCGACUUCCCUCGACAAGGUGAACUACAACGCGGACGGUCACGUGAUGGAAGUAGUUGGCACGAACAGCUGGAAAUACGUGUACGAUGAGAAUGGUAACAUCAUUGGCAUUCUGGAGCAGGGUGAUAAGACGAAUCUCGGCUACGAUACGGGUGAUCGGGUGGUGCAGGUUGGAGAUGUUGAGUUCAAUAGCUACGAUGCACGUGGAUACGUAGUGCGCCGAGGUGAGCAGAAGUAUCGCUACAACAACCGGGGUCAGUUGAUCCAUGCGAUGGAGCGUGAUCGGUUCCAGACGUGGUACUUCUACGAUGAUCUCGGCCGGCUGGUGGCGUGCCACGAUGAGAAGGGCAAUGUGACGCAGUACUUCUACGCGAAUCUGAACGCACCGGAGCUGAUCACGCACAUCCACUACCCGAAGGCGGGCCGUACAUCUAGACUGCUGUACGACGAUCGGCACAUGUUGAUCGCCAUCGAGACGGGUGAUCAGCGGUACUACGUUGCGACGGAUCAAAACGGUUCACCGAUUGCACUGUUCGAUGUCGGUGGUGCGAUCGUGAAGGAGAUCCGCCGCACUCCGUUCGGCAAGAUUGUGAAGGACACCAAUCCGGGACUGUUCGUGCCGAUUGAUUUCCACGGUGGACUGCUCGAUCCCAACACGCGGCUAGUGUACAUGGAGCAGCGGCUGUACGAUACGGGCGUGGGCCAGUGGAUGACACCGGCCUGGGAGCAGCUGGCGACGGAGAUGCGCCACCCGACGGACGUGUUUAUCUACCGGUUCCACAACAAUGAUCCGAUCAAUCGGCGCGAACCGGAGGGUAACUACAUGAACGAUCUGCGCUCCUGGCUGAAGCUGUUCGGGUACGACGUGACGAAGAUGCAGGGAUCGCGGUACACGCGGGACAUGAUCUACCGGCCGACGGCCACGAUCAAGUCGCCCCAGCUGGCGCCCGACUUUGGCGUCAUGUCCGGGCUGCAGUGCAUCGUGGAGAAGGUGGACGAGAAGUUUGCCGACUUUGGGUUCAUCCCGAAGCCGCUGCUGAAGAUGGAGCUGAAGACGCGCAACUUGCUGCCGCGCGUUGCCUACCGGCGCGGCGUGUUCGGCGAGGGUGUGCUGAUCUCGCGCAUCGAUGGCCGGGCACUGGUGAGCGUGGUGGACGGUUCGAACAGCGUGGUGCAGGACGUGGUGUCGUCCGUGUUCAACAACUCCCACUUCCUCGAUCUGCACUUCAGCAUCCACGAUCAGGACGUGUUCUACUUCGUGAAGGACAACGUGAUGAAGCUGCGCGAUGAUACGGAGGAGUUGCGCCGGCUUGGCGGUAUGUUUAACAUUUCCGCGCACGAAAUCAACGAUCAUGGUGGAGCGAAUGGGAAGGAACUGCGUCUGCACGGUCCCGACGCGGUCGUGAUCAUCAAGUACGGAGUUGAUCCUGAGCAGGAGCGUCAUCGGAUUUUGAAGCACGCGCACAAACGGGCGGUCGAGCGGGCGUGGGAGCUGGAGAAGCAGCUGGUAGCGGCCGGGUUCCAGGGCCGUGGCGAUUGGACGGAGGAGGAGAAGGAGGAGCUGAUCUCGCACGGCGAUGUGGACGGAUGGAUCGGGGUGGACAUACACAGCAUUCACAAGUAUCCGCAGCUGGCGGACGAUCCGGGCAAUGUGGCGUUCCAGCGGGACUCGAAGCGGAAGCGCCGAAAGAGCGGUGGAACUUCUAGCGGUGGUGGCGGCGGUGGUCAUAAGGCAAAGCGAGAGCAUCGUCACGAGACGAUCAUACUGCCAUUGCCGGUGGCGUCCGUUGCACCAUCGACUUCCGUGCCGACUUCUUCCAUGUCGUCCGCUACGUCAACGUCAGCGUCAGCGCCUGCUUCCUCCUCGGUAGCAUCGUCAGCGUCAGCGGCGUCAUCGUCGGCGCCUACUUCCGCGUCCUCGGUGCCAUCUUCGGUGCCGGCCGUCGUAGUGACGUCAGCCUCGGCAGCAACGGUACGGCCGAGCGCCUCCACGUGAAGCCCCUAGGUGAGGGGGGUUCGUCGUCUGCUUCCCGCAGCAUAGGAUGUUCUAGAUAUUGUGAUAUACAUAGGAGUUACUUUCCGUUUUGCGCCGUACUUUUCGGUUUACCCCGUCAGUGUGUGUGUGUGUAUGUAUGUAUGUGUAUGUUUCUUACGUUUUAUGGAGCAUGUUUUGUAAGAUCGCGCUAAUCGUUGUGUAAAAGUGUAGGCAGAACAAACAAAAAAUCAAAUCCCCCAAAUGUCUCCCCUUUCUGGAAGAUUCGUAGAUCACGUAUCACACGUAUCACACAGAGCGAUGGAUGACACUCACACAGUGGGACAGAUCAUCUCACGAUCAUCGAUCGAUUUGCUUUUUUUAAGAGAGAGAAAGAGACGCCAUUCCUUCACAGUGACACAUUGACUAGUAGAGGCGUUACUUAACGUAACGUUACGUUUAGCAGCGCAUAUUGAGAUGUAUAGCUAUAGGUAAUUAACACACAAACACACCAACAGACACUUACUACCCAUCGUGCGGUAGGAUCAUUUGAGAAUCUCAACCACGACGUGGCACAAGCAGCGAACGUUGAAUUUCUUUUUAAUCGUCUCAUAAAACAGUAGAUGGAGUGUUUUAAAGACUGCGAUGUUUCACUGCGCUGCAGGGUUACUCGCUCGCUCGCUAGGUCUCUCUCUAUUUAUCUCUUUUUCCUGCCCAAUCGUUGAGAAGCGCAAUAAACGUCGGAUGGAAGCGCCGCUAGUACCGUGUUAGCCGUGCCAUAAUUGUACCCGUUCCAUUUGCAGAGAGAGAAAAAAACACACACACAAUCACAGAAAGCAUUGUAUAAGUAUUUGGCGCGCUAACGUCCACGUUGGGCCUCUCAGCAGGAGGUUUGGGAGCUCCAAGAGAGAAACUCGGAAUGAUUGUACAGACUCGCAUAGACUAUUUACUACAAUUGUAAAACCGAAAGCACACGCCAUAGCAAAGGAACAGGGCUUUAGGGGGUUUGCUUUUGUUUCAUUGUCAAACUCAUCGUCUAAUGAAAUCAAUGAAAUCACACACAACACGCUGCACACAACUUCACUCGUUUCUUUCGUUUUCUCUAUUAGCUAAUCUCUCUCUGUAGCGCCUCAUACAGGUCAUACACAACACAUAAGAAAACCCACCAAAUAAUAUAUUGCAGAGUAAACUAAGCACAGACACACAGACAGGCAGACAGACAGACAGAUCCAUACAACACAACACUAGAGUAAACUCAAGACAUGAAACUACUACCACUCAAAUGGUUGAUUAAACUUUAAAAGUCACGUUGUCGCCGAACCUGGCUGGUUCGUUACAUUCGCAUUUCCAUUUCUUUGGCUUCUACAGGGUAUUUGUAACGGAGGAUGCAGGAGGAGGAGAAGGAAGCAGAAUAGAGCGAAAGAAGAAUAAACAAAACAUUGUAAACCAAUAGACAAGUAAAGCCUAGAAUAGUGUGCAAAUGUGUAACGAACAAAAACAAGAAGCGGAAAGCGAGCGCAAAGAAUAGGUAAAAAAAUUGUAGAACUCAGCAAAACUAAACGUGUGAAAGGAGACAAGCGAACAAAACAGCACACACACACACUAAAACAGUAAAUUAGAGCAGAAAAGUGUUGUAGUUGUGAGUAUCUUUGUGUUUUCCACUUUCUCUUUCCUUUGUUUCAUUCCGUGACAUUGCAUAUCGUCAUUAGAUCACUCUUUGAGGUAUGUGGAAGUGAGAGAGAGUCUUAUCCGCUUAUCAAUCGCCCCCAGGCAUAGGAAAUCCGUGUAAUUGUUUGUUCAUGUGUGUUUGUGAGUGUGUAAGAGAGGUGAAUCUCAGCAUAGAAAGUGAUCGAGGAGCUUUCUCUCUUAGUAUGACUGAUUCGACAUUAGUAGCAAGGAAAUGAGUGUGAGGAUGCGUGCGUGGUUUUAGCAACGAGAAGGACGAAAGUGUGCGAUCGUGUCGUGGGCAUGUGUAACAAUGAUUGUGGUGUGUCUGUGGGGUUUAAACGAGAAUGGGAAGGUUGAGUAACGACCAUGCGAAGUCCGAAAGGAUGCGGAACGGAAUAGGAAUAUUAGGUCUUAUAGACGCAAGCGAUUGCAGCAGGAGAACUACUAUGUAAUAGAUGUCGCUCCCACACGAUCACACACAGAUCACACAUACAUACACACACGAGUCAGGGGGUUGGGAGGGUGGGAGCAAAGGUUGAUGGAUGAAAUCUUAAAAGCAAUAUAGAAAGUGACGAGCGAAAAAGAAAACUGGUGGCAAGCGCCCCUGUAGUAAGCAGAUACUGGUAGUGUGUACUAAAAAACCUGUGGAAAAAAAAAUACUACUAAAAACAAAAAUGUCACCGAACGCGUCAGAGCUCGGUCGUAAACGUUGUGAAACUGUAGAUGAAUUCUUGUUUUCUCUCCCAUCCCCUGUCAUUUCCCUUCCCUUUCUAACUAAAGCGUGAGCUAUUUUCCAAUCCUAAAACAAAAACAAAAAAAAAAACAAAAGAAUAUCUUCCAUCCAGAAAACCCUAAAGAAACAAAAUGUGUGAAAUGAUACAAAAAUGAGACAAAAAAAGGUUCGUUUGCGUAUUUUCAAGUAGGCAAAUGAAAGUUGUGCAAUCAAAGAGAAAAAAAACGAAAAGAGUGGAAGUAACUAACACAAAGCGAAAAAAGAAGAAGAAACAUUACGGAAAUCGUGACAUUGUAGAGUAGCUUGUAAGAGCAGCAAACUAGAGUUGAACAAAAAAACGCACCUUCAUUAGGUGCAAAAGUGCUUCAUGGAUGGAUGAAUGUGUUUGUUUGAAAAAGAUUUGUUUUACGUGUUAAGUUCAUCUUUAGCGACUAGAGACGACUACUCCCAUGCCUUCCGUAUCCGUUACUUUCCUCUAAAACACGUACACACACGCAUACAAAAAUCAUUCGGUAGAGUAUAGAAAGUGGAGCUACUCGCAUGAUAAUGCAAAAUGUGGAAAAUAAAAACCCUGCUCCUACUCCUCCUUCCCCAGACACAAGUAGUGUUUAAGGCUAAUUGGUGACGCGGCUACUGUGAGUGUGUCGUCUUGCAUGCAUGUAAAACUUUGUAAAUAUAUUGUUUAGUGAUAAAAAGAAGGGAAUAAAAAAGAAAACAGGAAGAGUGACGAGGAAGCGAAAAAGCGAUAAGAAAUAAGUUGUAAAGAAAACAGAGUGAAAAAAAAACAAAGACGAAAACAUAACAAACGAUAAAGAAAAACGUCCGUGACUAAGGAAAGCAGUUAAAGAAAGAAGGAGACAAAUGAGAUAAAAACAAAAGCGAAAACAUUUGAACAUGAACGCAAGAAACAUGACAUUUUUUAAAACAUUGAACUGGAACACGGAGAUGAUCACACAUCUCCUUUCCGCUCCCCCCCCCCCUCCCCUCUUUUCGCGCGGGCCCUUUGAAGGAAAAGUCAUGGUGGGAAGAGGAGGGGUCGGUGAAACCGUUUUUUUUGUAAAUAUACCAAAAACUAAUUAUAACGCAAUAUUUGACGUGAGACGAAACACAUUAAAGCAGUGUGAAAGCUGUUGUGAAUUUAAAACGUGGAAGAGAACUGCAGAGUAAACAGAAGAACACAUUAGUAAGUGAGAAUUGUAGUAGCGAAAGAAGGAAAAAAAAUGAAGAAGGAAAGCAAAGAGAAAGAGAGAGAGAGGGAGAAAAAACACCGGAUCGAAACUCGAACGUAGUAGUUGUAGAAAGAAUUAAAGAAAGUUUAGCACAGAACAAGUAAAACUGUGCGUCAAGCACCCGCGUCACCUUGGCAGCGCUCAUUGGUGAACUGUGCGGGGUGUGUAUGUAGAUUUGAUUUUUUUUCUUCCCUGUGACUCGCUCUUUCUCUCUCCGUUUGCUGAUGGGAAAUUCUCAAAUGGAGAUAAGAUAACAAACACACACACACAAACAGACAAGCCCUAGGACGGAGGGCAAUGUUGUGUCGUGAAAAUUGUAUAAAUUUUACCUAAGGUAUAGUAGUGGAACGAAACGAAUUGGAGAAGCGCGAGCAAAAGCCGCGACAGUAGGAACCGUUGAAAAAAGCAAAGAGAAGAAGAAGAAAUCCACGUAAAAUAAGUUUAAACAAACAAAAGCAAAAGCAAAAGUAAAA